CUCAGAUCUCAGAUCCACACAAAACUCCAGCACCCUCCAUCAUUAUUCAACAUCAAAGAUGAUCAAACUAGCACUAGUCUGCUUGGCUCUUCUUCUCGCGUCCAACGCUGUAGCGUUUGCCCCUGGUCUUCCCAUCCCUCACGCAACAAGUCUGCAUCUUGCCGACGAAGCGACGGAAGUUUCUCCCUUUGAUGCCUACGAACAAACUGCUGCUCAAACCACGGUGGAAUACAAGGAUUUUGUGACUGGCACUGGACCUGCAUCUGAAGACGGCAAUUUGCUAAAGGUCAAGUAUGAAGGCCGCUUGAUGGCUUCCAACAAAAAGUUUGAUGUCGCGGAAGAAUUUGUCUUUCGAAUUGGCGAAGGAAGGGUUGCGCCGGGAUUUUCAGCUGGUGUGGCUGGAAUGAAAGUGGGAGGCAAGCGACAAGUGAAGAUCCCUCCGAAUCUCGCAUAUGGAGACCAGUGGUUCAAAGGAGUCAUCCCGCCCUCCUCGCACCUUGAUUUUGAUGUGGAGUUGCUUGAAGUAGCUCAAUCACAACAGGAAGAGCUCAUGAUGCAAUUGAAUGAUUUUGGAGUUGCUCGGUUGCUGGGAUUGAUAGCUUGUUUUGGUGUGCUAGCGAUCACACCAAUGUUGCCAAGUUAAAGCUAUAGAAACUUUCUUUUGUCUUGC